UGUACCUGGAGCUUUGUUGUGGAAAGUCUGGUUACCUGGCAAGUGGAUGCUGCCAUAGGAACUCUACUCGCAGGCGCACAAGACAGAGCGGGGUCUGACCCGGCCCCACCGCAGCCGGGGACGCCUGUCAGGGCUCAGCAGAAGCCACGGAUCUGGACGCCCCGCUUUGGCGACGGCUUCUGCCCCGGGCCACCGCGCAGGGCAAGGGGGCGUCUUCGUCACCUGUCAGGUCCCGGAGGACCCAAAGAAGGGACCUGGAGUGCAGAGCGAUGACACCAGGGACCGGACGUCGUUUUCCCUUGCAGUUGGAUUGAAGUAUGCUGUGCUUAUGUCUGUUUCAUUGUGCCCCUGGCCUUUGGUUUUAUCUAUGGAUAACUCACUGACUGUGGACUAAUGUCUUUGCCACCUGGGGAUUUGUACUGCAUAUGUUUGAGAGAAGUCCCAUUUAACAAUGAAUGCAAGAUCAUGCAAUGGGAGCCAUUGGACAAAAAGCACUCUUCACAGUCCUGGGAUGAUCAAUGGACAGCAGAUUCCACCUAUUAGAGUUCAUGCAGGAAUGCCGAGCUCUUCCUCUAACAGUAACGCACCAAGCCCGGCUAUUGGAGGCCUAUCUACCAACUUAAAUUUAAAGACAUCUCUUGGAGGAGGGGUAGCUCCUCAGAGCAACUUUAUCGAUAGCAAUAUUCACUUCCCAGCCUUAAGUCCUAGGAGACAAAUGAUUACAAAUGGGAAGCCUCUAUUCCACUCCCCACAACCUCCAGGACUACCAGCUCCACAAUCUCUGAUGCCAAAACAGCAGGAGUUUGGAAACAGUUUCCCUAUAAGUACAGUGAAAGGAGGUAGUAUUUAUGGGCCUCGGUGCAAGAAUAUGGGAAAAAGCAGCUGCAACAACUUAAUAGUCACCAACAGUCCCAUGAUGGUUCAGCGGCUGGGACCUCUAUCUCUUCCUGCAAGCCAGUUCUCCACAGCAUGCAGCCAAAUCAGCCCUUGUUUGCAGAAUGCUAUGAAUAUACCUCCAUCAGAUACAAGGUCACUCAUGUCACGUGAAUCUUUGGCAUCCACAACUCUAAGUCUGUCAGAAAGUCAAUCUAUACAAAGUGUAAAACAAGAGUGGUUUCAUGGUUAUAGGAUUUUUCCUUCUCUUCCUUCCAACCAAGGCUCCCAAAAUGGCAGUGAACUGGGGGAUAUCACAAGUAUCCCAUCUGGGACAUCAAUGUCCAACAAUGUCCCUAACUCAUUACCAUCUUACUUGUUUGGUAUGGACCACAACCAUUCACCCUACCCUAGUCCUCACUAUUCUUCAAAUAGGUCUCAUUCAGCCAAAAAGAGGGCUCUUUCUUUGUCCCCUCUGUCUGAUGGCAUUGGAAUUGACUUCAAUACAAUUAUCCGUACAUCCCCCACUUCCCUUGUUGCUUAUAUAAAUGGUUCAAGGACAUCUCCAUCAAAUCUGUCCCCUCAACCUGAGGUCUAUGGGCAUUUCUUAGGAAUAAGGGGAAGUUGUAUUCCCCAGACUUGCUCUAUUCCAAAUCCCCAAAAAAGGUUUCUUGUGGCUAAUGGCAGUGUUGCCCUCCCAGGAUACAGUGAAAAUGGAAGCAUGGAAUACCAACGCAUGCAACAGCUGGAGCAAAAUAGCUUACAGACUGCAGUCACAGACAACAUGGUUGUUCAACAAGGUAUGGCCGUGCUAGACAACCAAUCUAUAGGAAUAUUUAAAAAUGGACAAGUGGAUGGUUUUUCUGGGAGUACAAUUGAUAUGUCCUCUGCUCGUUCACUGGCUCCUUCUGCUCUUCCUCCCCCACAUGGUCCACCACCACCAUACCAUGCACAUCAACAUGACCUUGUAAACCAUUCCCACCCGCUGUCCCAGCUACCAGCUGUCAAAGGCCCUCUCUUAGAUGAGGAUGGUGAUCUAGAUGAUUUUAAUGGCAAGCACUGCUGUCGAUGGAUAGACUGCAGUGCUUCUUAUGACCAACAAGAGGAACUUGUGCGGCACAUAGAAAAAAUUCACAUAGACCAGAGGAAAGGAGAAGAUUUCACUUGUUUCUGGGCUGGAUGUCCUCGAAGAUACAAGCCAUUUAAUGCCCGUUACAAACUGCUAAUUCAUAUGAGAGUGCAUUCAGGAGAGAAGCCAAACAAAUGUAUGUUUGAAGGCUGCAAAAAGGCCUUUUCUAGACUAGAAAAUCUCAAGAUUCACUUAAGGAGCCACACUGGAGAAAAGCCUUACCUUUGCCAGCAACCAGGUUGUCAGAAAGCAUUCAGUAAUUCCAGUGAUCGAGCGAAGCACCAGAGGACGCACCUGGACACAAAACCUUAUGCUUGCCAGAUUCCUGGAUGCACCAAACGAUACACAGAUCCAAGUUCAUUAAGGAAGCAUGUAAAGGCCCAUUCCUCCAAAGAUCAACAGGCUCGGAAAAAGUUGCGCUCGAGUACAGAGCUUGACCAAGACAUCCUCAAUGACUGUCUCACUAUCCAUCCUCUCCAGCCAUCCCCAUCUCCACAUGACACUUCAGAUAGCACCAUCAGACCAUCGCCAGGACCUACUCAUGACAUUUAUACAGCUGCACUGUUCUCCAGUUCUCAUUCAAGUCAAAGUGGAACUGUGCCUCCAUCCCACUCCAUGAGUCAUGCUUCACCAAGCCAGAAUGCACAGGGCAGCCCACAUAACCCUCCAGCCCAGGUACCCCCUCUUGCAACAGUGGACUCAGGAACUGAAAGAUUUUCAGCUAUUGUUCCCUUUUCUCCUCACCAUAUAAGCCCAAGAAGAAUUCCUGCUUCGCUUCCCUUGAAUCAGAAAAGGACACUGCAGGGUUCCAGUACCCAGCAAAUUGUUGGAACUCACAUGAAGACAUGUGAGCCAUUAACGAAUUCCCCUUUUCAGUCAAACAGCAUCCAAAUCCAAGGCGUUUAUGGGCAACUGCAAACUUUCUGUUCUCCACAUUAUGCUGACAAUCAGAAAAGUAUACAACAUGUUGGUACUUGCAAUAUGGUUCCUCCUUUUGAAGACUGUCUUGUACCCACAUCUAUGGGUCAGUCAGGUUUUGAUGUUUUCCAUACGGCAUUUUCAGCUCAUUCUGGUAUUACAGUUUAUGAUCUUCCAUCAGCCUCCACAGGUAUCUUCGGUGAAUCAUUGCGCAAUAGUGCUGAGGACUCCAGUUUUCUUCAGAUAAAUGCUGUAGAUCGUUGCCCUAGUCAGCUUUCAUCAGUUUAUACUGAAGGCUAAAGAAGGCAAAAAUACAGUCCUGCAUUAAUUUCAGUCAGAACUAUUCUAUUAAUAUCUUUUCUUCGUCAGGACAACUGCUAUAAACUAUCAUUGAAGAUAUGAAGAAUCAUAAUGCUCAGUUUCACAGAUGCUGCUAACAGAAGUUAUCAGGGGAAAUGCAGCGUGCCAAAGGAUGAGCAUUUUUUAAAAUAAAUUCACUUUUUUUUUUCACUGAGGCAAAAUCACAGUCUUCUGAAAGGGAAUGAAUUACCAGUAUAACUUGGGUUUGUUU